UCUACUACAAACUAGAGGCUUGGCCAUCUCUCUCUCUCUGUCUCUCUCUCUCUCCAUCCUUUAUAUUAGAGAAAGAGAGGAGAAGGAAGAAGAUGGCAUUGCCAUUGAUCUCUUCUUCAUUCUCUUUCCUCGUCUCCACCUACCCAUCACCAUCGACAAGGCCCAUACCCUUUCAUCCAACCAAGAAACCCUCCAAUUAUUUCUGCACUCGUCCUUCACCUCCUCCUCCUCACAAGAGCCCAGCCCUGACAAGGUGCUCCGCUCAGCCCCAGGGGAGGCAGCCCACCGAGGAAUUUGAGAGGCUCUUCUCCAACCUCAACCAGGCCACAAUGAAGAGAGAACCAGGCAGCAUUACUAGUGGAAUUUUAUUGGUCGCCGGGACCACGGUAGGUGCAGGGAUCCUCGCUAUUCCUGCAGUCACAGACGAAGCUGGAUUCCUUGCCUCUGCUAUAGUGUGCAUACUUUGCUGGAUAUAUAUGGUAGUGACAGGAUUGUUGAUUGCAGAAGUUAAUGUCAAUACAAUGUGUGAGCUUGGUUCCGGAGGUGUCUCCCUGGUGUCAAUGGCGAUGAGAACCAUUGGGAAAACUGGAGUCCAGGUUGCUUGCUGGUCAUAUUUAUUUAUACAUUACGCCCUUCUUGUUGCUUAUGUUGCUCGCUCUUCAGACAUUUUAACAAAUUCCUUUGGCAUUCCAUUAUGGGAGAGUGCCACUCUUUUUACAAUGUUUUUUGGAGGCAUAUGCUAUUUUGGAAGCCAGCGAAUUAUUGGCGUGAUAAAUGGUCUUCUGGUAUUUGGUAUUCUCGUGUCUUUUGCAGCCCUUGUGGGAGUAGCAAGUGGGAACCUGCAAUGGAAUUCUCUUCUUCAAGCGCAUUUUGAAGCGGUUCCAAAAAGUAUACCCAUUAUAGCUCUUUCUUUCGUUUACCAGAAUGUAGUUCCAGUUCUUUGCACAAACCUUGAGGGGAAUUUGUCAAAAGUAAGGACUUCCAUUGUCCUUGGAACAGCUAUUCCACUUAUUCUAUUUCUUGUAUGGGAUGCUGUAAUUCUUGGAACCAUUUCAAGUCUUCACACAAACAGUGGCAGAGUCAUUGACCCUUUAGAACUGUUAAGAUCAAACAACGGAAUAGUUGGACCAAUUGUUGAGUUGUUCUCAUUCCUUGCGAUAGGCACAUCAUACAUUGGAUUUGUUUUAGGGCUUUCAGACUUUGUUUCUGACUUGCUUAAGUUACCAAGUGGUCAGAGCAAACCUUUGCCAUUUCUAUUGACUUUGGUUCCUCCUCUGGUAUUAUCGUUGCUUGAUCCAGAGAUUUUCUUCAAAGCCUUAGAUUUUGCCGGAACUUACGGAGUUCUCGUGCUCUUUGGUGUUCUUCCUGCUGCCAUGUCUUGGUCGGAGAGAUACUCGGAUGCCUCACAAUCUCCAGAGCUUCCGCCAUUGGUUCCUGGUGGUAAACUGACUCUGUCAAUAGUCAUGGGAGGUGCCUUGCUUGUUAUUUUCUCUGAAUUGUUCGAGAAUAUUCCGCAGCUGUGAAUAGCUAAUGCUGUUGAAGGUUUUGUAUAGACUGAAACUACAUUAUAAUAUAAAAAAAAUUGUAGAAAUGAACUUUUUGCUUUACUCUAUUAUGUUAGAAGAAUCCUUUUGACCGUUUGGUUUACAGGAGUUCAGAGUUUCA